GCGUGAUGAGGCAGCAGCCCCCGGAGCGCACAAUCUGAGGAUAAUCGCAGGUGGUGAGGGUUAACAGCCUGUCGAUAAGAGGCGACAGAAGCAGGUGUCGGUGCCGAGCGAGCUCCAACCUCACUGAGGCUGACGGUGCCGUUUUCUCCCUCGGAGUCGCGUUGUUCCCGUGUCUUCUCACUCGGUGAUCUGAAAUGCGGUCCUCGGCUUGGGUCGUCGCCAGUUGCGCUCUCAUCCUCUCCGCGGUCCGGCUGAUUGACGGGGCAAAAGAACAGCGGCAGUGUAGCGAGAUGGACUACUACUAUGAGUACACAGAGUGUGACAGUACGGGGUCUCGGUGGAGGGUGGCCAUACCACAGAGCCCUGGGGCCUGCGUUGGACUACCAGAGCCAGUACGCGGCACAGAGUGCACCUUCUCCUGCAAGGCCGGGGAGUUCCUGGAGAUGUCCGCUCAGGAGUGCACCCAGUGCGCGGCGGGCAGCUACUCGCUCGGCAGCGGCGUCCGCUUCGACCAGUGGGACUCCAUGCCCGCUGGGUUCAGCAGCGUGGCAACGUUCCUGGAAAACAAUCCCCACGGGGACGACCGGCUCACCUGUAACAGUUCAACCUGGGUUCCUCAAGGAAACUACCUGGAGUCCAACAGGGAUGAAUGCACGGUCUCUCUCAUCUACGCCGUCCACCUAAAGAAGCAGGGCUCUGUGAGCUUCGAGUACCAGUAUCCAGACAACAACCUUCUGUUUGAGUUCUUUAUCCAGAAUGACCAGUGCCAGGAGAUGGAGCAGUCGGCUGAGACCAAGUGGCUCAAGCUCACCAAUCACGGCGAGUGGGCGAGCCACACGGUGAACCUGAAAUCUGGCACCAACAUCCUGUACUGGAGAACAGGCGGGGUCCUGAUGGGGAACAAAGUGGUGAAGCCCGUCCUUCUGAAAAACAUCCAGAUAGAAGGAGUCGCCUACACGUCGGAGUGUUUCCCCUGCAAGCCGGGGACGUUCAGUCGGGUGCCGGGCUCGUCCAGCUGUGAACCGUGCCCCCGGGACACCUUCUCAGGGCACGGCGCCAGCUCCUGCACGCCGUGCAACACCAGCGUCCAGUAUGCAGCUGAGGGGUCAGCUGUGUGUAAGGACAGACCUCCAUGUUCCAAGAAGGAUUAUUUCCAGAUCCACACAGCGUGCGACCUCGAAGGCAAGACACGGGUCAUAUAUAAGUGGAUGGAGCCCAAGAUCUGCCUGGAGGGCGUGACCGGCGCCGGGACGCUGCCUCAGAGCGGGGAACGCGAGCCCUGCCCCCCCUGCAACCCCGGCUUCUAUAACAACGACACCGCCACCUGCUCGCCGUGCGCGGCCGGGACCUACUCGGACGGGAUGAAACCGUGCGAGCGGUGUCCAGCGGGCACCGAGCCCACCCUGGGUUACGAGUACAAGUGGUGGAAUGUUCUUCCUGCGAACAUGAAGACUUCCUGCUUUAACGUGGGCAACUCCAAAUGUGACAGUAUGAACGGCUGGGAGGUGGCAGGUGAUCACAUUCAGAGUGGAGCUGGAAGCUCAGAUAAUGAUUACCUCAUCCUCAACAUUCACAUUCCCGGCUUCAAACUCCCCACGUCGGUCUCCAGUCCUUCAGGGGCCGAGUUCGGGCGCAUCACCUUUGAAUUUGAAACUUUGUGCACAGCUGACUGCGAGCUCUACUUCAUGAUGGACGUGAACCGGAAGAGCACCACCGUGGUGGAGUCGUGGGAGAAGACCAAGACGAGGCAGUCGUACACGCACGUCAUGACCAAGAACGCCUCGGUCUCCUACACGUGGGCGUUCCAGAGGACCAACCAGCCCUCCGACUCGCGUCGCUACGUUAACGACGUGGCGCGGAUCUACUCGAUCUCUGUGAGCAACGCCGUGGACGGCGUGUCGUCCGGGUGCCGCGCCUGCGCCCUCAGCACCCGGCCCUCCGGCUCCGCCUGCGUGCCCUGCCCUCCCGGACACUACAUAGACACCGUCACCAGCCAGUGCACUGAGUGUCCGCCGAAGACCAACCUCGACCCGCACGCCACGCCCGGGCCCGACGCCUGCAGACCCUGUGGACCCGCCAGCAGGAGCGACCAGGACCACAGUUUGUGUUACAGUGACUGUCGCUUCACCCACACGGAGGGCAACGUGACCCUGACGUUUGACUUCAGCCCGCUCGGCUCCGUGGGAUCGCUGAUGAACGGUCCAAGCUUUACCUCUAAGGGAACAAAGUAUUUCCACCAGUUCAACAUCAGCCUGUGUGGAGGGAAGGGUCAUUUGGCAGAAUGCACUGACAAUGUAACAGACCUAUCCAUCACCGACUCUCAGCGAGAGAAAGGCGAAGGGGCCAACACCAUCAAGACCUUCAUCUGUCAAUCAACCAUAAUCCCGGCUAAUGGGCGGGGCUUCCAUACAGCGCUGUCUUCACAGUCCAUUAACCUGGCCGACACGUUCCUGGGAGCAACAGUAGCAAAUACACUUUAUGGAAUAAGGGCGAGGCCAGAGCUGUUCCCCCAGACCUCCAAGAACGUCCCCGAUAUCCACUUCUACUACAAGUCCUUGGAGGUGACCUCAUCGUGCGGGACGGGUCGAAGCGUGGUGGUGACACUUCGCUGCAACCCGGAGCGAAGCGCCAAGGGAGAGCUUUCGGUUCCCAGCCAGUGCCCUGCAGGAACGUGCGACGGCUGCGCCUUUCGAUUCCUGUGGGAGAGCUCCGCGGCCUGCCCCAGAUGCACGGAGAGAGACUUCCACCGCAUCGAGGGGUCCUGCCAGGCGGGACACCAGGACCUGCUGUAUGUGUGGACUGACCCGAAGCUGUGUGUUGGGGGUGUGACCCUGCCCCAGAAGAAAACCUUGCCCUGCGAGAGCAUGGAGCUCUGGGUCCGGCUCGGUGCAGGACUGGGCGCCUUCACUGCAGUCCUGCUCGUUUCCCUCACCUGCUACUUCUGGAAGAAGAACAAACGGUUGGAGUAUAAGUACUCCCGCUUGGUGAUUUCUGCCAAUAAGGAGUGCGAGAUGCCAGGAGCCGACAGCUGUGCCGUGAUGGAGGGAGAGAAUGAGGGAGAAAUGGAGGACGAGGUUGUGUACACAAAGCCUUCUCUACUUGGCAAACUCAAAGCCAUUGCAUCCAAGGGCAACGGACAGAAGUAUGAAAACAUGCAGCUGAACUCAUCCCAUUCUAAAGCCCUGGUGUGGAGCUAGAAGAGGUGAAAUUAGAGGGAGUGAGGGAUCGGUGUAAACCUUAGAGACUUUCCACUGAGCUACCCCUUUAACCAACCACCCCUUAAUGAGCUUGGUACCUGGAAUACCAACUGUGUGUGUAUAUAAACAUGUCAUGCACCUCAGGCCAGGUUCAGAGAAGUCACUCUAACGCGGUGGCCUUAAGCGCAGCUUGGUACGACCGAGCCGUCCGACCCGGGGCAUAGUUCUGUGACGCAGGUGUAUGUGAUGGACAUAACGUUCUGAUCCAAGCUGACGCUGGAAGACCUCAGGGUAAGACCAAACCCUUUUUCGGGAUAUUUAGCUUUUGUUUCUAUUUAUUUUUAAUCUGCGUAGCGUCCGAAAUGUCCCUCGACGGCCACGGUGCGUUUUGCCAUUAGGGUCGCCGUGGUUACCGUUUGUCAGUUUCUUUAUUCACACACGUGAUAUCUUCUGGCUGCAUUUUUACUGUAAUUAAUGUGUUCUUUGUCCCACCGAAAAUGAAGAUGUCAUGUUACUGAGGCUGUGAUGAUGACUAUUGUCGGCACAUGUCAAAUAAACGAAAUAUUUAUCGGG